AUGACGGAUAAUAAUUCUCCAAAAAAUCAACCACCACGUAUUUCAGUUGGUCUUUAUCGUUCACAAGAAGAUCCUGAUGCUAUUUCUUCUAGUGAUGAAGCACGACAUUUCGGUCAUGAUUUUAUAGUUCUUCCUAUCGUGAGUUCGAGUUAUAAACGUUUUAUAUCUGGACAAAAAAAACAACCCGAUAAUGCAAAGAAUUCGAAAGUUAUAGAAGAAUGGAGGAAAAAUCAUGUAUUUUUUAGGGAUGAUUUGGUAAUUAAAAAUACUGAUUUAGUCGAUUAUGUUGUUGGUCAAGUUUCAGAUUGGUUGGAUUUUGAUUCACCAGAUCAUAAUGUCCGGAUAAAUUCUGAAAUAGCUUUAAGGCAACAAAUUUCUUGGGCUUGUCAUUUAGGAAUUUCCGCGGUGUUAAUAUCUUUUCCAUCAACCAAUUCCAUAAUGAACUAUGCAAGAAGUUUGAAUUCUGUUCUUGGAUCAUUGACUUAUACUUAUGUUUGGUGUAAAAUUCCUUUAGUUUUAGAAACUGAAUUAAUGACAGACGAAUCAUUUGAAUCAUCUGUCACUUGGGAAAGAUGGAAUAAAUUUAGAGUUUUAUGUGAACAUAAUUCAAAAUUGAGUAUAGCUUUGGAAAUUCCAGCACAACUUCCUGAUGAUGAAGAGCUCGAACGAUGGUUUUCCGAACCCAUUAAAGCUAUAAUAUUACCUACAAAUAUUUUUUUAACCAAUGCUAAAGGCUAUCCUGUAUUAAGUAAAAAACAUCAGGCUUUUGUUAGAAAGAUGAUCAAAUAUAAGCCAAACUUUGUAAUUUCUUGUAACGCGGAUAGCGAUCUACACGAAAAUAAUGGUCUUGCAUCAUAUCAAGAAUAUAUUCGUUAUUUAAACCGUACAAUUCCAGAAUUGACUCAAAUUGAACAAUUUGCUAAUGGUUAUCAAGAUUAUUUGCAAUCUCCUUUGCAGCCCUUAAUGGACAAUUUAGAAUCAUCUACCUACGAGAUAUUUGAGAAAGAUAAUAUAAAAUAUAUAUAUUACGAGAAGGCGAUAUAUCAUGCUUUACUUGACCGAGUUCCCCCAGAAUCUGAUGAAACUACAGUCAUCAUGGUUGUUGGAGCUGGUCGUGGGCCACUUGUUACGCGUAGCUUAUCAGCAGCAGAAAAGGCUAAUAGACGAGUUAGAAUAUAUGCCCUUGAAAAGAAUCCAAAUGCUUUCGUUUCCUUGCAAAAUAUGAAAACGGAAGUAUGGGGAGAUUCAGUGACAUUAGCAUUCUCCGACAUGCGUCUUUGGAACCCUCCAGAAAAGGCUGAUCUAUUAAUUAGUGAACUUUUAGGUUCGUUUGGUGAUAACGAACUUUCACCAGAAUGUUUAGAUGGCGCUCAAAAAUUCUUAAAACCUGAUGGAGUAUCCAUACCUACUUCAUAUUCAACUUUCAUUUCACCAAUCUCAUCAACAAAGCUUUAUAAUGAAGUUGCUGCACAUAAAGAUUUUGUUCAUUUCGAAACGCCAUAUGUUGUGAUGUUCCAAUCAGCUUCUGAAUUAACGGAAUCACAAGAGAUCUGGCAAUUUGAACAUCCUAAUAAAUCUUUUGAAGUUGAUGAUAAUGUAACAUUUGAUAUAAAACAAAGUGGAAUGUUGCAUGGUAUUGCGGGAUAUUUCGAAUCAAUAUUAUAUAAGGAUAUAUCAAUUAGUAUUCGUCCAACUUCACAUACUAAAGAUAUGUUUAGUUGGUUUCCUAUUUUCUUUCCUAUAAAGACACCAAUUUAUUUACCAUCAAAAACAAAAUUAGAAAUUCAUUUUUGGAGAUUAUCAACUUCCCAAAAAGUGUGGUAUGAAUGGUGUGUAGAAACUUCAUAUUCAUCAGGAGUUGAUACAAUUUCACUUAGUUCGCCUUCCAUACAUAAUGUAUCUGGGAUAAUCCUAUCCAAUUUAUUAUUGGGUCUAAAUUUUAAAUGUGCUUUCUGUAUUGAGAGUGGAAUUAUUGAUAUAGAAAUACCUCAUCUCUUCUUCAUGCAAGUCGAACCCAAUUCACUGUUCACAAAGUUCAGGGAUUAG